CUGCCUCCUGCCCAGGCUCGGGGUACGGGCUGCGGGAGGCACCAAAUUAAUGGGCGGCGCGGGAGGCGAUUGGGAAACAGUCGAGAGGCUGAGAGCAAGCAGUUCGCCCCGGAGUGAUUGCAGCCUGGCAGGCAGCAUGGAGUACAGCAACCCCAAACCACAGCUGUCAUCCCGGGCCAAUGCUUUCUCCAUUGCUGCCCUCAUAUCAACUGGAAACCCCAAAGAGAAAGAACUGCAGGAAAACACCAUCAAACCGCUUGAACAGUUUGUGGAGAAAUCCUCCUGCUCUCAGCCCCUUGGCGACUUGAGCAGCCUGGAACUGGGAGAUUACAGCGGCAGCACAUCCCCGGUGUGCACCGAGCCUCUCAUCCCCACCACCCCGACCGUGCCCAGUGCCGAAAUGGCCAAGAUCAGCUGUAACCUGGAGACGAAGGAGCUGUGGGACAAGUUCCAUGAACUGGGCACCGAAAUGAUCAUCACCAAAUCUGGCAGGAGAAUGUUCCCCACCAUCCGAGUCUCGCUGUCUGGGCUUGAUCCCGAAGCGAAGUACAUCGUGCUGAUGGACAUUGUGUCGAUGGACAACAAGAGGUAUCGUUACGCUUACCAUCGGUCCUCCUGGCUGGUCGCUGGGAAAGCCGACCCGCCGCUGCCCGCCAGGUUGUAUGUACACCCGGAUUGUCCGUUCACCGGGGAGCAACUCCUCAAACAAAUGGUUUCCUUUGAAAAAGUGAAACUCACCAAUAAUGAGUUGGACCAGCACGGUCAUAUUAUUCUAAAUUCUAUGCAUAAAUACCAACCUCGGGUCCACAUCAUUAAAAAGAAAGAUCACACCGCUUCCCUGGUUAAUCUCAAAUCUGAGGAAUUCCGGACCUUCAUCUUCCCAGAGACAGUUUUCACUGCAGUUACCGCGUAUCAGAACCAGCUGAUCACCAAAUUAAAAAUUGACAGUAACCCUUUUGCUAAAGGAUUUCGGGAUUCCUCUCGGCUGACUGACAUGGAGAGGUACUGUUCUCAGGAAGAAAGUGUGGAGAAUUUAAUCCAGAAACACACCUACGCACGUUCCCCAAUCCGUACAUAUGGAGGAGAUGAUGAUGGUCUAGGAGAUGAGAACCAAGUCACACAAACCAGAGGAUCGGCAUUUACAACUUCAGAUAACUUAUCCCUGAGCACCUGGGUAGCAUCUUCCUCCAAUUUCUCCGGUUUCCAGCACCCUCAGUCCCUCACCGCAAUUGCUACUAGCACGGCCUCAUUAGCAGCACCCAUCCCCCACCCUAUCCAGGGCUCACUCCCACCUUACAGCCGCAUCGGAAUGCCUCUGACACCAUCAGCCAUUGCAAGUUCUAUGCAAGGAAGUGGGCCAACAUUUCCUACAUUCCACAUGCCCAGAUACCACCACUACUUCCAGCAAGGGCCAUACGCUGCUAUCCAGGGACUGCGACAUUCCUCAGCUGUAAUGACUCACUUCGUAUGAUUGACUCGACAAUGGUGCAUUUCACACAAGGGAAUGUGGCACUUGUGAAGGAUGCACAGAGCAAGUGGGAGAGGCCGAACAACAGUAACGCAGAGGCACAGACCGAGCAACAGCAGCUCCUGUAGGACAAUUCCAAAUAAAGAUACAUGUUUCUGAGGGCAUUCAAUAACUGGACUACAACUCCCAGAAACCAUUGCAAUAACUGGACUACAACUCCCAGAAACCAUUGCAAUAACUGGACUACAACUCCCAGAAACCAUUGCAAUAACUGGACUACAACUCCCAGAAAGCAUUGCAGUAAAUUGGACUACAGCUCCCAGGGUGCAUUGCAGCAAGACUACAACUCCCAGCGUGCACUGUUCCCACCUAAGCUGCAGCAGCUACAAUGCAUUACACUCCCAUCAUGAUGGAGGCAAUUUGGCCAGGGUACAACCUCUGCUCCCCCCCCCACCACCACCACCCC